UACAUUUAUAAUAUUACAGGUUAAUUACUUCAUGUGUGGAAUGUGUAUUGGUUUUGUACUUGGUGGUAUCUUAGCCGUCGUCUAUUCGGCUCACAAAAUUUUCGGAAUAUCGUUCAUCAUAUUGUCAAUUUGUCAUUUUAUGGAACUCACGAAUUACUCAAACGUGCAUUUGCAUUUUAUCUCACUAUUUUGCAUUGGAAUGACUUUGGCCAUGGCAAGUUCAGCAUCUCACAGGAUUUAUUCAUUUUGGAUGCCAUUGAAUAAACAGUCAUUACGUCACGUUCCAAUAUUAUUAUGGUCGAUGAUAAACUUAUAUAUUAUACAAAUAUAUAAAUAUCAUCUAUUAGGUAUUAUUAUUGGGCUGGCAUGGUUUGUUUUGUGGUUGWACAUGAUCAAUGGAGAUCGUUCACAGAGUCCAAAUCGUGAUUUUAAAUUGUUUGGACUGUUAAGAGGUUCUAACACCGCAGCACGUUCUUCUAAACUUUCAGUAAUUUCUUUAAGACGGUCWACAAUAUUGGACAUUCCAUGGAAGUCGUUUUGUACUUCAAUGCCCGUCAUUGUGCUUGUUUUAUCGUACAUGUGUUAUUCUAUUGGGCAUGUAAUAAAUCUUUCUUUAAAUAAUUAUUAUCUUUCAUUUAAUUGGUCUAUGAGAAAAUACACAACAAUUUUGUUACUACUCUUAUUCGUCUUGAUCGAAUUAUUUCCGGAAAUAACAGUACGAUUUUCUGUCACCAACGUCAGAAAAUUUUUUAGUUGCAUGUUUAUGGUUUUAAUGGGCUUUCUACUUUUAUUGGAUUUUUUACCGAACCGAUUUUUUUUGUUUAUAGAGACCAAUAAUUUACCGAGUUUGAUUUUUAAUUUAAUGGUGUAUUUCAGUCUAUUUGGUUUUGAAAUUAACCAUUUGGACAUCGCACCAAAAUAUGUGAGUGUACUAUAUGGAUUAAAUCAGUUCAUAUAUUACACUUUUUUUUUGUAUUUGCCAACUGUCAUAAAAAAGUUUUUGAGUUAUGAAAUACUUAACGAUAUCCAAAUUCGUGUCCUGGUGGCGGUAAUAUGUUUUGCGAUGGCAGUAGUCUAUGCCAUUUUCGCUUCGGCAGAACUACAAUCAUGGGCAGAAGAUAAACCAGCGAAAGAAAAUCAACGAAAUAUACAAGAAGAAAUCAAUUUAACAGCUGUGUAACGGAUUCAUAAAAUUCUGUUCGAGUAUUAAAUUAUAUCUAUGACUUCAUAAAAUAUUCAACAUUA